AUGUGAUGUUCAACCCCAAUUGGCCACUGACAUAUUUAAGUAUGCCCUGCAGCCAAAUCAUGUAUAGGACCCCCAGUGCAUUAGGAUCCUUUAACUGGGCAAGACCCUCUGUCGUGUACGUCAAACAUGAGCUUCGCCGGUUAGGUCGUGUGGUAACUCUGCUCUGAUACAAACGACAAGUAGGCACGAUGUUGUCACCGAGGUGGACGUUGUUGUUCCUGUUGAUGUUGAUGCUGCUGACGGUGGGGGAGACACUGAAGAAUGGUCAUGCUCCACGUUGGUUGGUCAACUUGUUCUGCAAGAGGUCAUCCGGUCUGACACAGGUGCCCUGGGAUUGCACGGGGUACCUUCACUGCUACACCCAGGGCAUGACGACAUACGGCGUCUGGCUCAACUGCCCCGCGUCACUGAAAUUUGAUGCAACAUCACAGAAUUGUCUCCGAGUUUCCCCUUCAUGCAUGAACAUGGACAGAGUGGCACACAGAUACUGCCCCAUCUACAGCCAGUUGCGAUUUCCGCAUCCGGGUAGUUGCGCGAUGUUUUACGAUUGUUCCCGGAAAAUGCCGGACAAACGAUAUGGACUGAAGAUCUACGAGAACGAAUGUGCCUACCCUACACUGUUUGAUCCUGAACUGGCAGUGUGCAGGGAAAACGAGAUGAGUAACGAGAUAUCCUGCAUGAACCCCCCAUCCAGCAGAUGUGACUACAAGACGGAGUGCCUCUCUGUGUCCAGCCAGUGUUUACAAGAUGGCUACUCCCCCAAACCCGGAACUAUCUUCUCCUCCUACCACAUCCUCUGUAAAGCAGGGAAAAUAGUGUCAAACUUACAGUGUAAACUUUCAGAAGAAGUUUUUUGACCCAAUAGGAAAGAACUGCACAUCAAACUAUCAAAAAUCAAUAAACACAUACUGCCGGAUGAACCCCUCCGCCAAAUUCGCCGACCCGAGGAACUGUGCUCGGUAUUACGACUGCAGUACACGGUACCACCACUUCGGGCUGAAGCCCUACCAGUCCGAAUGCCAGUAUAUGUAUCUGUAUGACGAGAGCAGCGCCACCUGUCGGCUGUUCGACAUGAUCAAAACACCA